AAAUGUCGUCAAGAAAUAUGGCCGUCAUAAGGAUCGUAACGGACGCGACGUUGAUCUCCUCGUUCUCACCGUUACGCAAAAACGCAGCAUCUUUUUCUUCGCUCGUCUCUUCCCGUCGUCAAUUCGAGGCGAUUUGAGUGCUCUCCGACCGUUGUGAAUGAUUUCGCCGUUGCCGGUCUCUCUUUCUCGCCGUCGAUUAGGAGUUUGCCCUCAUGGACGUCGGAAGCCCUAAAAGGGGAAAGAUUCACAAAGGGAAGAGUGUUGCAGAUGAAGGGACGGCAAUGAGCGAGCAAGCGAUCAAUGACAGACAAUGGGAGAACUUGCCUACUAACUGCUUGGUGGAUAUCUUCCAAAAGUUGAGCCUCCAUGACUUGACACUGGGUGUUCCUUUUGUGUGCAAGUCUUGGUACGAAGCUUCACUGGAUCCUAGUUGUUGGAAGAUCCUCGAUUUCAGAACUAUUGAUCCACGGCCAGGAAGCGAAUUUACUGAGAAAUUCAAGCAUGAAUAUCGAUUAGAUAAAUAUCAAUUCAGGGGUUUUCUAAACUUCCUCAUUCGCCGCAGCUGCAAAUUAGCCAUUUUGCUUAUACACCCUCCUAGUCAACGCAUCCCAAUUAACGACUUGGUCUAUAUUCUCAAAGAAUGCCCAAAGUUGGAUAUUUACAAUCCGCCACUAUCGGUGAAGAAUCCAGGUCUCAUGCGGAAAUUUAUUUUGACAGUGCACGAGACCAUAUUGAGAAGAGCUAGUUAUGAAUUCAUGUAGAAACCUUUUAUCUGUUAUUGGGUCUGUUUUCUUCACACUGUUAGUUUAUUUAAUAAAGUAUCUACCUUGAAUAUUUUGUAGUUUCAGUACUGGUUCUUAGCAUUUUAUGAAGCAUCAUCUAAGUUAUUGGCAUCUUUAUGCGUAUAAUUUGAUA